GUUUGUUGCUGCCGGAAAAAUAAACCCACAACUUCCGGCAUAAUUUAACGCUUGGCGGGACGCGGUAAUGAAUGCAGAGCGUUCCAGCCUUGGACAACCGUUAAAAGACACCAGCAGUUGGUAAUGUUCACAACGAUGAACACAACCGUAGAGAGGAAACGCCCGCCGCCCGUUAAAGUAUUGUCCGGUCAGCUGAGGACGGCAGAGAGCCGGGGGGCAGCUGACAGCGGAAAUGGAUGUGUUAUCAAGCUGGGCAGGGGUCGCUCUCUGCUGGUCUCACUGGUGUGGAUGCAGGGAACUGUACUGGAGGUCCAGCUGGACAGAAACACCGUGCUGCUGAUGGAUGAGACGGGCACCUUUGCUGUUCAAGGCGUCAACAACAUCCCCAAAGGGAAACCAUGUUUGUCCCAAGGCAAAUAUGUCAUGGUGAUGGGUGUCAUCCAGGCCGUCUCUCCGGAGCCAGUCAUCCGUGCAGUGAAGAUGGCAGACCUCUCUGAUCUCAGCACGCUUCACAGACGGAUGUGGAAGCUGGAGGUGGAGGACUUGCAGCAGGUGCUGGCCUGAAUGCGGAGCUGUUGGUGGAAAUGUUGCCUUGCUGGUGGCAGGACGACCUGCGCCUGUCAUGUGUGUCCAGCUGUGUAUUCAGUGUUGAAGUGAUUCUUGACAAAUGGAAAAACUACCUCACAGGACUGAACAGCAGGUUCCCCUAGAUGUCGGGCUCCUGACUGGGAGGUAUGAUGUGAGAGUGACAAAGACUUUGACAUGAGAAAACAGUAUUUACACUGUGAAGUGUGAUGCUUAAGUAACAGAAGUCAUUUCCCACUUGGCUCCUACUCUAAGCAGUUCAGGGUCUUGUACAGAAGAAGUGGACCUGUAGGGCUUAAUGCUGGCUUGAUAGUUCUGCGUUCUGAGGAUUUACAGCAGCACACAUGUAGCUGAAGUGCACCUCCUCAGGACAAUUGCUAACAGGUAAAACCUAGGUUAUGAGUGCUCCAGCCUUCCUUAAAUUGUUACCUGUAUAAUUGAUCUGGUAAUGCUUGGGGAGAAAAAUAACACCCAGAUAUGGAGACCUCUUGUAUCAUAGACUAAUCUUUGGAAAUGUCAGAUUAUACCAUUAGCAUCAUCUGUGUAAUAAUUUGGUAUUCUUUUAGAGCACAUAGAAGAUGUGAGAUGGUUGUACAAAUCUUAAAUAAAGAUGGCUCAGAUUUUCAAGUACUCUGCUGACUAAAACUGAAUUUAAAUAUACAUCAGGAUUGACAAAUUGAGAUUGUAUUAGAAAAACCUGUUUUUUGAGGACACAAUUUUAAGCUCCAUCUUGAUUGUGCAGAAAAUUAAAUCGCAAUGAAAUGUUUCAGUUAAUUUCUGCCUGUGACAGAGUGAUGAAAUGUAACAAGUACAAUACUUGAGUAAAUAAAGUUUUUAGGUGCUUGUA